AUGAACCCCUGUCUAACCACUCUGGUCAAGCACUUGGACCGCCUGAUAAUUGUGGACCCACCUCCGGAGAUCCUGGUUGAGAUACCGAAUUCGGAACAACCGGGGACGAUCCUUGGCGUCGGCUUACAUGGAGGUUUUGAAGACUUUGCGCGACCGAUGCCUUUCUCAACGUACAAGACAACAGGCUGUAACGCGUGGAAGAAGAACUCGAUGAUGGAUAGCUUGCUCCAUUACUUCCGCAGCAACCCUCCAGGAUUCACCCCAAGCCAGCCAAGCAUUCUGAGCCUCGGCUACUAUCCCAUGCGUAUCGGCCUCGCGGAGUGGAUGCUCUAUGCGAAUUUAAUGAGCCGCUACGUCAAGUACUACGAAUACGCCCUCCAUGACGUCCGGGGCCAACUGGAUGGCAAUGACAUCGCCGACCUCCAGCGCUGGCGGCGCCGAAGCAAACAAAGCUUGGACAAGCUGGCGCUUCUCAACAGCUUUAUCGACCAUUGGGUGCAUGGGGAAGCGGAGCAGCAAUUAUGGGACACGGUACAGAAGGAUAUCCUCCACGUGCACUCCCAGUUAGCUUAUUUUGGCCAGUCUUUCGACCAGAUGGUCCUCGCGGCAACGUCGAUCGCGCGGAUGCUUGACUCCCGACGCUCGAUACUCGACGCUGCUAACAUCAAGAGGUUAUCUCACAUUGCGCUAGUAUUCGUGCCCCUGUCAUGGGUCGCCAGCCUGUUUAGCAUGUCUGAUGUCUAUGCUCCUGGAAGCGGCCGGUUUUGGGUGUAUUUCGCCACUGCACUCCCAGUCCUCCUUCUAGUUCUGCUCCUCUCGGAUCUCCAGUACGACCGACUAUACGGUUUAUUACUUGGAGCGCUUAGACCGUUUAUCCUCCGCGACUACUUGUACUUCAUAGUUCCGAAGGACGGCAUGCUAUGCGCGUCCCUCCCGAUGGCUGGUUCCCACCCUCCGCCCGUGCACGAGCCCCGCCCCGAGAGCUUCGGCCCUGGCACGGCCACGAGUGUCCCUUCCCGGAGGAGUUUCUGCGAUACGCGCGCUGUCCGAUUCAAAUGGACAACAAACGUAAAUCUCGAUCCGGCCGCCCGUCGGUGGAUCUUGACGAGCGCGCCUCUAAACGGCGUCGCAUCCCCCAGCUUUCUCGAGCAGAUUCGACGAACUGCCGACAAAAAUGGUCGACUUGUCGAAAGAAAAUUAAACGAUCGCGAGUUUGCGACAAUGACGGAGCUUGAAAGCUAUUUUAAACGCAUGGUUUCCAACGCCAAGGACUUUUAUCCCCGCAGCUCCCAAGUCUUCGAGGACGCCGAGAGGGUCCGGAAGGCCCUGAGCCUUCCCGACACCGCUGCCCCCGAGGAUGCAAGCCAUGACGAAGACGGCGAUGCCGAUGAGAAGCCCGUCAGAGGCCGCCAGACCAAUGGCAAGAAACUUCCAGAGGAAACGGAUCAAGUCGACUCUCCUGGUGAGGCGGAAGGUGAUGAGGAAGACGGGGAAGGCGACGAGGCGGAGGAUGAUGGAGAUGACGCUGAAGAGGAUGAAAAUGAAAAUGACGAAGAGGAAGAAGAAGAAGAGGAGGAGGAGGAGGAGGAUGCCGACGCCGACGCCGAUGAAGAAGAGCCUGUCCUUGUCGUUCCUAAACGCCGCGGCCCUGGCCGACCCCCGAAAAAUCCAGUCCUUCAUGCGCAAAAGAUGGCUGCGAAGGCUGCACAGCAAGGAAAGGCCGACUCGCAAUACCAGAACAUGUUGCGCAAGAAAGGUGACGGCUACGAGUACUUCGAGCCCUUUAUCAACUUGCCUACGAGGGCGUUGAAGGAUUACUACCGAAUCAUUUCAGAGCCUCUUUCGAUCCGAAAGCUCCAAAAGAUGAUAAAAGGCAUACACGGCCGUGGUGACACGGUUGGCGUGAGUGACUUUAAGAGCUGGAACGCUUUCCAGGAAAAGUCGAGCCUUCUAUGGAAGAACGCGUACUACUAUAACGAGGAAGGGAGCGACAUCUACGAACUUGCCAAGGAGCUCGAGCAGCGCCCCUCGAAGAAAAUCACAAUUCACGUCGGAGGCCGGAGCGGCUCGACCGACUCCCAAACACCUGUCCAAUCUGCCGCUUCUCAAAACGGCGAUGCACCAGGUACUGGAGGGGCCACGAUAAUCCGUCGCACCACCGCCUCAGCCACUCCGGCGAAUCCACUUGACAAGACCCGAAGCGUGUCGGUUGCCUCGCCAAGCCCUUCGAUUCGCGCCAAGCCUGUCGAUGAGAUGAAUGCCGCGAAUGCGUCGGGCAACAUCAAUGUCCCUCCACAGCCGCAGGCACCUCCCCCGCCACCGCCCAACCCGGUUUGGGACAAGCCCUUUAGGGCCAAAGAUAAAGGACUUAGCGAUGGCCUUAUGGCAAGCCUUGUUGUUCGAUCGCACUCCAACGCGGCUCACUUGAAGCUUCCAACCCUCUCUCUCAACGCCGCUCCCCACCUCUGCCACCGUUCUCAAACCUACCACAUAGCGCUCAAGUCGGACGCCCGCAUCGGCAUCUACCCCCAACUUUCCGACAGCUUCCAAAAGCUGCAGCGCCCGUACCAAUUAUGGGUUUUGCACAACGGCAGGGUUCUGCAGAUCAAUCAAAUUGGCAACCCAGGCCAGAGAUCGCUCCUGUGCGAGACCAUGGCUGUCCGAGGCCUCAACACCAUCGAAGCGCAAGUGAUUGCCGAAAUCCCCGCGGACAAGCGGGUGCCAGGUGGCGAUCUUCGACAGCAUCCCGAGGUAGACCGGUGCCGCGCGCUCGUCGCCAGAAUCGUGGAGGCGAUCCCGACUCCGAGAAACUAA